GUUGGUGACGCAGCGUCCCCUAGUUCAUACAGCAGCAGGGAGGAAGGAGGCAGGAAGUCACGGUGCUCGAACUAAUAGCAGCCCAAUCUGGACCCGGAGACAUGGCUUCAAAUAACGGCUCGGUUGGGAAAUGGGAGGUGGUGAAGAAAGGCAAGAAAAACAGCAGCAACUCCGGCGGAGGCAAGACUGCGGGCGACAAGAAAGCCGGCAGCGGAGGGAGGAAAGCCUUGGGCGAAUCCAACCUGCCGUCCCGACCGCCUGUGAAGAUGUCGGAGACUCUGUAUGACAAUUUGGAGAAGAUGGGAAAGAAACAGAACAAGGAGCAGGUUCCUCCAGCAGCUCAGCCUCAAAACAAGAAGCCCUCAUCGAGUAAACCAUCCAAGAAGUCACACUCGAACAAUACAGUCUCACCCGUGACUCACAAAACCCUCGAGGAAGCCUUCAAAGAGCUGGAUGUUGCAGAUCUGAAGCAGCAGUUGGCCAACAGUCAGACCCUGUUCCCAGAGAACCCUUCGGUUUGGAUCAAAGACCUGGCGGGAUACCUCAACCACCAUUUGACUGCCCCGGACACAGAGCCCACGCUCAGCAGCUACGCUUAUGAUUACCCAUACUGCCUUACAGGAAAAGAGCUGAGGGGUGUGAUCAAAGGCCUCAUCACACGUUGCAGCAACGUUCUGCCAGAUUUCUUCAACCACUGUGUUUCCACUAUGCUCAGGGAGUUGGACAGACAGUCAGGAGACCCUUUACAUGGCUACAGAGUUUGUAUUCAGGCAGUUCUACAGGACAAACCCAAAAUAGCCACCCAAAACCUGCCAGAGUAUUUGGAAUUGUUGCGGUCGGUUCAGAAUCGUCCAGUGAAGUGUUUGACCAUCAUGUGGGCUCUGGGCCAAGCUGGAUUUUAUGACCUCAGCCAGGGUCUAAGAGUAUGGCUGGGCAUCAUGCUCCCUGUGCUGGGAGUGAAGUCUUUGUCCUCGUAUGCCAUCGCCUAUCUGGAGAGACUUCUCUUACUUCAUUCAAACCUGACAAAGGGAUUUGGUAUCAUGGGUCCUAAAGAGUUCUUUCCUCUGCUCGAUUUCGCCUUCAUGCCAAAGAACGCCCUGUCAUCAAGUCUGCAGGAGCAGCUGAGGCGUUUGUAUCCUCGACUGAAGGUCCUCGCAUUUGGAGCCAAGCCCGAGAACACGUUGCACACAUACCUGCCGUCAUUCCUGUCCAGAGCCACACCGCACUGUCCCAAUGACAUGAAGAGAGAGCUGCUCAGCAGUAUGACUGAGUGUCUGUGUGUGGAUGUACAGAGUUUAGGAGUGUGGAGGCAGCUCUACACCAAACACCUCCCCCAGUCCAGCUUGCUUUUGAACCACUUAUUGAAGUCCUGGAAUAUCCUCCCACCAAAGCUGAGGAAGAACCUCGAGGAAACCAUCCAGUCUUUCAGAGUGACCAAUGAAGAAAUGAGAGACACCAUUGAAUCUUAUGAACUUCAGGAGUGCAAUAGUCUGUGCCAGAAUCUGCAGGUAAAGAUGCGUGGUCACGGGUUCCCCUGGUCCAAGUUGCUCCUGGUUCUGUUUGUGUUCGUUGCCGGCUUCAUUGCCCACGACAUCAGAUCUCAUGGCUCCAUCUCAGAUUCCACCACAGCCAGGUACCUGCGCUCCUCAGGGAUCACAGCUGUAUCUCAGCAGGCCUGGAGCAAAAUAACCGUCUACUCGAAGCAGGGCUUCAGCUGGUUGGAAACAAACACUCCGUAUUAUUACUCUGAGUGUGUGCGGGUUUUGGGUCCACUAAUGGAACAAGGUUCGGAAAAAGCAAACGCAGCAGCCGUCUUCAUCUCUGAAAACACCACACGGUUUAUCGUCUGGGUUAAAGAAACCACACCGCUUGUCAUAGAAUGGGUGAACACCAACACUCCUGAGAGUGUGUUCCAGGUGUUGGCAUAUUUGAAGGAGCUCCUCAUCUUCCUCCAUCAAAACUAUGUCCUGCCAGCACUGGUGUACAUAUCUGACCUGCUACAGAGGGCAUGGACAAACCUAGAGGACUCGUGCAACGGGGAGGUGUCUGUAUCAUGUCUGCAGGGCCACGCUUUGUCCUUCACCAACUCGACAUGGCAGCUGCUCCAACACACGACCUCGGCCAUCAAGACGUGGGCCCAGGAUUUGCUGACUCGAGCAGGAUAACACAAUACACACAAUAUGCACACAGAAAGCUGUAUACUGUAAACACACACACACACACACACACACACACACACACACACACUCUGACCCAGCGUGAGGCUGCCAGCUCCUGUCUGAAGACAUGACUGGAUGCUGCGGGGUCAGAUGGAAACAGACUAACUCAAAAAGACCCCUUUUUGUCUCGUUUUGGUUACAUUUUUAUCAGUUUGCUUUUGUUUAGAUGGUUUUGUUUUUUCUAUCAACUUUUUUGUCACUGCUGGAUACAGAGGUCGUAUCCCCCCACCCCCACCUCC